AUGAGUAAGGAAGAAGCGCAUAAGAUGGUGGAAUUAGACGACGUAGGAGUUCAAUUGGAAGACGGCGAAGAAGAAGAUCUUUUAGAGUAUGAUGAUGAACUUGUUGAAGAGUCAUCAUCAUCAGAGGCCAAUAUCCGUAACGUGGCAGAAGUUCUAAUGACAAGCAAAAUGCCUAAAGUCACUGUGAAAUAUAAAGAUACUACAUUUUUGUUGUUUAUAUCGGAAGAUGAGGACGAAAGUAAUUACCCCAUAAUGUGUGAGAAUGCUGCUCUUUAUCAAAGGCCCAUGGGGGAAUUUAUGGAGUCUAUUCGUAAGUUUAUGGGGAACCGCUUCGGAAUGUUGGCUUUUGCUACGAAAGAGUUGGUCUUACAACUAAAAAGCCUUGAUCUGACUCUUUUUGAAGAUAAUGUUUACAACAACCAUAUUUCAUUUAGCGAUAUUUAUACAGUAUUCAAGAUUCUGAAGGAAAGAUCAGAAUCUAAUUUUGAAACUGAUAUACCGACGCACCUGACUAUUGAAUUAAGUACGAGACCAAGGUUUGUAUCGCGGUAUAAUGCUUUGGUUGAGCUAACUGAAAGCUCAGCUACACUAAAGAAUAUUAAACCAUUCUCAAACGACGAAACGCAUCCUUUGAUAUUAGAUGACAAUGACCAAUCUGUGCAUCACAAUACUUCAGAAGUCAUUGUAAUGGACAUAGAUGAUGAAGAAGGGGAAGAAUUUGAAGACCAAAGUAGUCACACUUAA